AGUCCACAAUAAGAGAGGUGGACGUGGAGCAAGUUACAGAAAAUAUAUGUGAGGGCGUGCAAGAGAGAGAUAGAGGAGCGGAUCGUCCGGGGUGGAGAGAGACAAAAAGAAAGAUGCUGGAAACGAGACGGGACCCUUGAGAUGAAGGGAGGGGCAGAGGUGUCGGACAAUAAGAUGACUAUUGCACUUCUGAGGUAGUUUAGUUUUAAGAGCCCAACAGCACAAUUCACAUUCACGGCGCUGCGAGGUAAAACCAGUUCUGUGCGCGGAGUUAAUCUACAUGUAAUGUGCUUCUUUACGUGCUUUCUAGUGUGAAUACGGUCGUUCCUUCACGCGUUUCCGCAUGCCCGAAAAAGUGAGCGCUUCCUAAGUUCCGCCUCGUUUCGGUGAUCAUUUUUUUUUUGUUCGUUUGUCGCAGGCUCGAUUUCGCGGAUUCUUUUCGACUAAAUUUUGAGUGCGGUGAUUGUUUAUUUGUUAUGUAAAUACAUUCAUCGGAUGACAUUUAAGUUAAAUACAAAAUUCUUCGGGUCGAGUUUGCGUCUAUUGAGCCAUAAGGGAGCGUUCAUAAAAUAAGUAGAUGUGAUUAAGCAGCUGAUGUAGAGGGUGGACAGCGCUGGUCCAGGAUCCCGGGGAAGAUGCUGCUGGUCGCGAUUGUCACGGUUGUCGUGCUGGCAGGGGGCGCCACCGGCCAACUCUCCGUGAAGAAAAAGGAUAAAGAGCCAUACCCGAAAUGCGACAUGGAUAAACUUGAAAUGUGGAUAGACGACGAUGUCAUCAUGUUAGGUGUGCUUGAUCCGAUUUCCAUCAUCUACAAUUCAGUCGUGCCGAAACAAGUGACCAACCCUUCUUUCGCCACUUUCAUCAUUCCAGCUCAAAUUGACAUCGUCACUGUGUCGUGGUGUGCGGGCACAUCAGCUAGGUAUUAUUAUAAUUUUCACACCCUCCGGUCAUUUAACACAAGUAUUUUACAUGAUCCGUGGAUAUCAAUAGACCGCCAAGGAGAGAUACCACCGUUUCAAAAAAACUUUAGUUUGCAUAUAUCUUGCGUAGGAAAUACCUCAGAAAUUGCGACUUUGAGGAUAGGUUUUACUGUCACUGACAGCGAUGGAAAAGCCAUACUUGGAAUGCCUCUUGCAAUAGAUCUCAAAAAAGAAUGCCGAGAUACAAGACCUGACACUGAGUGCGCAAAGAAAUGCCAAAACAAUGGACGGUGUGAUGCAAGUGAAGUAUGUGUCUGUAGCCCUGGAUACGUUGGGCGUUACUGCGAAACACCAAUUUGCUUUCCACCUUGCGAGAAUGGCGUUUGCACCGCUCCAGGAAAUUGCUCAUGCAACGCAGGGUUUGUCGGAGAGAGAUGUGAUGGAGGUAUUUGUGCGCAGAAGUGUCAAAAUGGAGGAACAUGUAUUAAGAAGGACACAUGCAAAUGUGCCCAAGGUUUUAAUGGAGCAUACUGCCAAAUUAGUGACUGUGAGCCAAAAUGCGAAAAUGGAGGAACAUGCAUUAAGUCUGUUAACAGUAAUAAUCAAACAUACUUCUCAUGCUCUUGCACAAGUGGUUUCUACGGAACGGCUUGCGAACUAACAAAAUGUCUUGUGCAAUGCAUCAACGGUGGGCUAUGCAUUGGAGAUGAUAAAUGCAAGUGUAAGAAGUAUUUUGAAGGCAAACACUGUGAAAAACGUCAAUGCAAGCGUGAUUGUGGUCCUAAUGGAUUUUGUGUCAAGAAUAAAAAGAAUAAGAAUCGCUGCAAAUGUGAGCAAGGUUGGGCUGGCGCCAGAUGUCGAAAAAGAGUUCCUAGUAAAAACAAUCAAAAGCAACAAACCAAGAAAAAAAAUGAUAUAUGAUUGGCUCUGGUGUUGAAAAAAAAUUGUUACGUUCCUUAAGGUUUCCUGCAAGACUCAUAUCUAUACAGAGUUUUUAAGGAUUAUGCUGCCAUGAAAUUUAAUUUUAAGAUAUACUUGUGAAUAAUUAAUGUAAACAAAUAAGUCAUCACAGAAUUACUUGCUUCAAUUUUAUGACCUAAGUUUCACUCCCUUCAACCUUGAUAACAACCUUCGAGGUUUUUUGGUCUCUAUAAGCUCCAUCCUCAGGUGCUGCUCACGCAGCUCCAAAGCAUAUCACCUCUUAAUUGCAAGACUUUUUUUUAAUGAUAUUCUUGAAAGUAAACUGCAAACAUUAAUGUAUUAAUGUCCAAAAACUGAUCAACAUUAACGUUGAUAAUGGACAUUAAAAAAAUUAACCAGAAAUUGCUCAAAUAUAAACUCGUUUUUGUAAAUGCCA